GGCUGCGCCCAUCAAGUGUUCGUGCUUUACUCAAAAGCUUUUUAGUUUCGGCUAUUCUACACUGUCUCUUGCCUUCUCUACCUACCUUGCCUGUCUCUUUGCCUACACUGUCUCUACACUGGCACUUCUACGCUGUGAAACUGUACAUAAAAACAUUGUAAAACUUGAAUCGCACUCGAUUUUUUAGUUUUUUACUGCCAACAAUUAUCAUGGAAUAUAGCGAAGUAUGUGAACUGAUUGACAGCAAUGUCGUAGAAUAUCUUACAACUCUUGAGGAGAUUCUGCAGUAUUCCGCUGACUUGGAGUCUGCUGUACGCGACGGCUAUUGGUUUAUGUCAAAAGCUCGCAGUGUGAUGGGUCAGAAAUUGAUCAGCGAGUUACAGGUGCCUAUAAACUGUGACAUGGUGGCAAGUGUAUCUGUGGACUGCGGCGAAGUUCGUGAUGACGUGCCAGUACUUUCUUCAGCAGCAAACCUAUCAAACCAGCACGUAAUGUUCUCCAUUGCUGGUGCAAGUGAUGGAGAGGCAGUACUGUCAGGAGGUGUGCGACAACGAAACAAAGGUGCAAACACAGCGCCAGCAACUGAUUGUUCACUCACCAAUGAUGACGCGGAAACUAACACUGUACAUGAUUCAGCUGUUGCGAGCAAGAUAAAAGACCCACUUAAAUGGUUCGGAAUUCUUGUUCCCCAAUCAUUACGACAAAGUCAAGCCGCAUUCAAGACCACGCUGCCACUGGUUGUGAAAUUGGCCAAUCGAAAAUGCAAACUAGGAGUCCUUAGGCAGCAGCACCAGCAGUUAUUGAAGAUGAAAGCAGAAAUAAAGUCGAGAGAUGUUACAGUAGAAAACAAUGAAUAAGGUUAUUUGUGACCAAGACAGUG